CCAACUUCUCUCUCUCUCUCUCUCUCUCUCUAAGCCUCUCAUCAUUUCUCCUCCUUUAUCUCACUCUCUCUGUUGCUUCCCCUUUCUUCAUUUCCUCAUCUUCUUCUCUCUCAAAACACCUCAGCCUUCUUCUAAUGGCAACAACACAACCAGUGACAAUAUCACCCUUAGAACAACCACUCACAUACAAGACAUGGGUCUUGAAAGUCUCCAUCCACUGUGAAGGCUGCAAAAGGAAAGUAAAAAAAGUCCUCCAUAGCAUUGAAGGUGUUUACAUUGUAAAUGUGGAUACGAAGCAGCAAAAAGCUAUAGUAACAGGGAACGUAGAAGCAGAGACUCUGAUCAAGAAACUGGUAAAGUCCGGUAAACAUGCCGAGAUGUGGCCCGAAACACCCGACCAGCAGAGAAACAAAUCAAAAAAAUCCAAGAAGAAAGACAACAAAGACAAAGACAAAGACAAAGACAAGGACAAGGACAAAAACACAGAUACCGAUUCCGAAAGCAGCACAGAAGAAAGUACCGGCGGCGCCGCUGCCGGCAGCCAUGUCGGUCCGAACUCGCAAAAACAAGCGGUGAAGGUCGAAGUAGUCCACGGCGGAGACGGCGGAGCUCCGGCGAAAACAAGCGAAGGCGGUGGCGGCGCAGUCAGAUUCAGCGACGGCGGUGCUAAAAUCGGCGGCGGAGUGGCGGCGGAGACGAGAUCUGAGGGGAAGAAACCGGAGACCGGGACUUCCGGUAACCAUCCGGCGGCGGCGGAGAAAAACGUUACUGAAAGUGACGGCGGCGCUGAGAAAAGUAGCGGCGGAAGUGGAACUGGGACUGGCGGUGGUGGUAAAAAGAAGAAAAAGAAAGGGCAUCAUAGAAGCGCAACCGAGGGAGGACCAUCGAGUGGCGGUGCACCGGCGAGCACAGGAUCGGGUAAUCAUAUUGCGGGCACACCUGCAGGUAAUCACAGCCCUCCACGUCAUCAGGUGCAUCAAUACCCACCACCAACAACAACGGGGCCACUACAUUACCAUACACCACCACAGCCUGUAUACGUGACGAGUUACAAUACGGCGCAUCCUACUAGUAGUUAUACGGCGUCGUACUACGCAUCGCCACCAGGGUAUUCGUACGCUCAUACGUAUCAGGGUCCCGAGAUGGAAUCUUCACCGUUUGAUUUGGACUACCACCCACGACAGCCGUUGGAUUCGUUUGAGUUGUUUAGUGAUGAGAAUCCAAAUGGGUGCUCAGUUAUGUGAUUGGGACAUGAUUGGCAAUAGUAAGCUUAUAUUACUUGUAUAAGCUUAAAGCAUAUAUGGGAGUAUUUUUGGAA